GGCAUAGCGCCUGGCUGGAGGCCCGGGCCGUGACUAGGAGUGUUUGGGUGAAGGGUCGCACUCUGGUUUAGCAGGGCUGUGUGUGUGCUCUGAUUCCCCAUCUUGGUGAGUGGUUAGGACUGACCUUGAGGCUGGAGCUAUGUCCUCCUCUGUGGGUUCUCACUGAGGUUCAGGAAUAGCUUCCUGCCGCCGUGCAAUGUUUGUUUUUGUUUCUGCAGAAAUGCUCACUAUGCCCAGAAGCUGAGCAUGGUGCAUUCUCCAGUCCUGCCAGUUGCUAGUUUAUCAUUGAGUUUAAAAACUGUCAGCCUUUAGGAGUCCUGUCAAACUUGACCUUCCUCCACUCCAGGCUGAUAGGACAGUAGUAGGCCCUGCCCACAUGCGUAAGCCUGGGCUCCCAUCAGUGAAGCUUCAUGAAACAUUAGCUAGUUGGAUGUUUUCCAUGCUGCUGCAAUGCUUGGGUCACACAUGUCACAACUGUACAUCCAUGCUCAGGUCACAUGUUCAUGGUGGAGUGGAAACCCAUGGGCAAGUGGUUUCCCCAGGCAGGAGAAGGUCCUGAAGGGCCCCAUUUCCUGAUGGCUUCUCGUGUGAUGUGGGGGCCACCUGUUUGUGUCCCAGUGAUGGGCAAUCAUAUGCACACUGGUUUCCUCUUCAUCCUCCCAUGAUCUGAAAGCCAGAGCAUUCAUUCUGUCUGCAUGUGUUCUAUAGUACUGCAGGCCAGGAAGGAACCGACACAAGGGGCCCAGGCCUGUUGCAGCUGGCGUGUGGGGUGUGUGUCCGCAGGACCCAUGUUUCCUGUCUGCCAGAUCUUCCCUGUCCCUGCAGUGGGCCUGCUCUCCACUCUGAGCUGCGUGGGCACUGAGCAAUGAGUGGGCUGCACAUGGUGUAGCAUGAGGCAGUCCAUGCACCUGUGGGUGCUGCACACAUGUGCCCCCAAACCCUGCCACUAGGUCACCCUGACACCUCCUCCUGAGGGCAUUUGUUGGCACCUGAAGAUUUGAAGGACCUUGGGGACACCCCAUUUCCCCAGCCUGCCUAUGUGUGUUGGAGCCCAGUUUUCACUGCUGCUGACUCCUGUAGCUGAGCAGGGCUUCAGGCUGUGGGGUUCCCUCGCAUCCAUGUCUCCUUCCUCCUGCUUCUGUGACACUGUCUUGUGCUUCUCCACAGGCCUCACGAUGUAGCAGAAACUCCAGGCUCUCACUCACAGGUAACCUUAUGGAAGAGUACUACUUCUCCCACCCCUGCCUUUCAGGGCUGUGUACCUGCUUGUGGGGGUGCCCUGGCAGCAGCAAAUAGCAGCUCUGUGGUCCUGACAGCUGGACCACGCAGCAUCCACACCCAUGUUCCCACCUUGAGUAGUGUUUCCCGCUGACUCAGGUCAGCAAUAGUAGGGGAAACUGGUAUCUGUGAUCACAUACACGUGUGGUGAUGCAUUGCGACAGGUGCGCAUUUCUGUCUAGAAAAUGGAAAGAGACCAAGGACCUGGAGGAAGGUGCAGACACGAGCCAUUGUGCAGAGCGAGGAGGAGCGGCCAAGUCCCGGUGCUGGCCUAGGCUCCAUGCCCCGGCGGAAGAAAGGACGCACGGCGUCUCCAGGAGAAGCCAAAGAUGCUGACCAGAAAGAUUAAGCUCUGGGAUAUAAACGCCCACAUCACCUGCCGCCUGUGCAGCGGGUACCUCAUCGAUGCAACUACAGUGACCGAGUGUCUGCACACGUUCUGCAGGAGCUGCCUGGUGAAGUACCUGGAGGAGAACAACACGUGCCCCACUUGCAGGAUUGUCAUCCACCAGAGCCACCCUCUGCAGUAUAUUGGCCACGACAGAACCAUGCAGGACAUUGUCUACAAGCUGGUGCCGGGCCUCCAAGAAGCGGAGAUGAGGAAGCAGAGGGAAUUCUACCACAAACUCGGCAUGGAAGUGCCAGGCGAUGCCAAGGGGGAGGCGUGUUCUGCCAAGCAGCAUUCAGACCCCCACCGCAAUGGUGAAACCAAAGCAGACGACAGUUCCAACAGAGAGACAACAGAGGAGAAGCAGGAGGAGGACAAUGACUACCACAGGAGCGACGAGCAGGUGAGCAUCUGCCUGGAGUGCAACAGUAGCAAACUGCGGGGCCUCAAGCGCAAGUGGAUCCGCUGCUCCGCCCAGGCCACCGUGCUGCACCUCAAGAAGUUCAUCGCCAAGAAGCUCAACUUGUCCUCCUUCAAUGAGCUGGACAUUUUAUGCAAUGAGGAGAUCCUGGGCAAGGACCACACACUCAAGUUCGUGGUUGUCACAAGGUGGAGAUUCAAGAAGGCACCCCUGCUGCUGCACUACAGACCCAAGAUGGACCUGCUGUGAGCCCUGGGGCCCCUAGACCUGGCCUGUGCCCCAGGUGCUUCACACAGACCGUACCGCCUCUGUGAGAGUUGGCCUCCAUGUGUGGUGUGGACCUGAUUUCUGAAUAGAGAUUAUUUAUAACUUUUGUACAAGAGAAUUCACACUCUGCAGGACACAACCAGCACUGCGCUCACGAGCGUGAAAACACUUCACAGUUUCACGCGGUCCAGCCGCAUCCAGCUUCACUUCUGGUGCCGGGCUGGGGCCAUGGGGGCUGCGUGCUCCGAAUUCACCUCCUGGCACACAUCACCUUGGCCUGCUUUCUGGGUCAGUUCAGUUUAUAAAUUAGGUUCAUGGUAAGCCUCAAUGACACUCGUACUUUCCUCGAAUCCUUGCUAAGUUAUUGGACAAAUUCCUUUCUUGGUGGACAAAUUCCUUUCUUGGUGAAUUACAGUGUUUAUGUUGCCUUCAGCUUCCUGGAGACUUAGGCAGUGUCUAAAAGUUUGAUUUUGAAGCAAACCAAAAGAAGUUUCCACUGAUCCCAUGCCAGCUGCUGCCCUGCCCCUCAGCAUCCAGUUAUGUGGGGUUCGAGGCCACAGGGCCCCAAGUCAUAGGGUGGGCUGGCUUCACUGUCCACUGGGCUGGCUCCAUGCUGGCUUGCAGAACCAUUCUUGCUUUCACACACGACUUAGGAACUGGGGUGCCCCCUGCUUGGUCCUAUGGCUUAGCUUCCUACGUGUUCUUUCCCCAUCUUUGCUUGGCUGAAGAGAGAAGUGAGUUGAGUGGGUACACCCAGGGGCCCUUGGAUUCCUGUGGACAGGCGGGCAGUGGGAGCAACAGCUAAGCCACCUGCUGGUUGUAGGUCCUUUCUUCUCCCAAAUGUUACACAUCCUCGUUGUGCACACACACAUUGGUUCCUUGGACCAGGAGGGUGUGCAAGGCAGGGAGGAGGACGUGCAACUGAGCGCUGUCACCAGCCCCGCCUUGUCCUAUUCAGGGCUUAAGCUUCAGGCUCCUCUUCUGAACUUCCUCCUGGGCCAGGGGCGUGAGCACAGGUUGCUGGGCAUUCGUGACUGACACGUUUGCUGAGCGUUUCUUGCACAUGCUUUGGAAGUGGUGGCUGGGCUCAUGGAACCUCCGUACUCCUCCAGCUCCCUAUGUCUCAGACACCAAAGCUCGGGAGAGGCUGUGCCUGAGACCCCCAACCUUAGAGAUGAUCAAACCUUGGCCCAGUCCCAGCGGUUUUCAACGCGAGGCCUUGUAAACCGUCUGCAUUGUGUUUUGGGAAUUGGACAAAAUGCCUCUCUCUUUAAGCCCGUGGACUCCCAGGGUUGUUUGAGUUUCGCUGUCCUCCCAGUUGUUUCUCAGAUUGCUGUACAAGGGUUCGUGAGUGUGUGUGCGUAACUAUUACCUGUCUACCUCAAAACGCCCGCUGCAAAGCCUCCUGGGAGUGUCCGUUACCACAGGGCAGUGGUUAGUGCAACACUAGAAGGGGAGACGAGCCUCCAGCCUCGGGCUCCCAGUCACACUGACCCAGUUCAGCCCCAGGUGUCCUGUGUAAUCUUGUGGUGUCUAUUUGUAACUCUGUAGCUACCUUUGGAAUCACUUGACUUUGCAAUGGUGCUAAGUUGAUACAUUUAAAUACACAGAGAGAUGGGAAGUCUCAAGGCUGCCGCUGGGCUCUCCUGCUUUUGUAAUCUCGUUAACCUGAUACAGCCUCAGCAGCACAAGUACCUAUUUUUCUAAGAUUUCACCUGCAGACUGUCUUCCUGCAGGACCACGUCCCCGGCGCCUGCCGCCCUUCUUGGUUUGACUCUGUAGCCUUACGCAGUUUGAGACUGGAGCGUAAUGAACCUGCCAUCCCAUGGAAGCUUCCGGGAGGUCUGGUUUCAUUUCUGGCAAGUUCUCAUUUGACAUCACAAAGCCAAUUUUUUUUUUUUCCAGCAUGAAAGCUAGGAUCAGUCACUGAUUGCCUCCUAUUGAGUUUCCUUCUUUCACAGAUGGAGUUACUGUGAAGUGUUUUUCACGACGUUGAUGCUGG